UCUUUCAAUUAUACAUUAGAUUUGUGCGUUUCACCUUAAGUAGAUUUUACUUAAGACUAACAAAUAUCAAACUCUAGAUGAUAUGUUUGUUUUUUGCAGAGAUGAUUAGCAGUUGAGAAACUUCUUUCUGUGUAUUCUAAGCUUCAGCAGAUGAGUAAAAAUAUUGAGGAUAAUGGGAACCAAGUUUCUCCCUGCUGGAGAAGAGAAUAACAAGGGUGUAAGGGGUAAGACAGAUAGCUAUGAAAUGUAAUCAUGAGGAAACAGCCUAGUUCAAAUUGAAGGAUGUUCUACACUGUAAUUCGCCUGUACUUUCCAAAUCUUUCAAGGUCAAGAGUACAAAGAGACCAAAAAUGGGAGAGUAGGUAACUCCAAAACUACAUCCCUCCACUAAGACAAUAAUUAAGUUGGCAAAAACUGUAAAUCAUAUCUCUGGAAUCUAAUCAAAGACUUUAAACAACCAGGGGAGUACUUAAAGAAGAAAGAGGCUGCUGAAAUUUGGUAAGAGAAUGUUGUGGUGUUUUAACUUACCUGAUGACCAUCCCUCACUCCCUAGCAUGAUGGCAGCCACAAAGAUUGUGGCCCCCAUUCCUGGUACAGCUCUCUGAUGCCAGAGGAAACAGUGCAGACCUUGUUCGUUAAGAAUGUGGAUGUGGACAUUGACCUGUUUAGUCAAUGUGGAAUUGGCUUGUGGGCUUUCCUUUGUUUCACCCACCUUGAAGCUUUCUUGAGGCUGGGGUGGCCUCCCAGGUGGCAUUUGUCAAAAGCAUUUAAAGGCAAAUAUACUAGCCACAGCAACCUGAGAGAAGCAGCAGACAGACCAAGAAGCCUGGGAAGAAAGAGGCUACAGCAGGAGAUGAGAGAACAAGGACUUUGUGAUACUCUACCGUAUACCACAGUCUCUGGAAGGCCAUGUACAUGCUGAGGACUGAAUGAAUACUUACAAGAAACCUUAGCAGACCCUAAGCUUUCACCUCUGGCUGGAUUUUAGCUUAUGCAGGUAGUGAAGGCAAAGGCAGAAUUGUAAACAAUUGCUAAACAUGAAAAGAAUGCCCAACACAGAGCCAAUCUGCAAAGACUGGGAGAGUUUUUGUUUUGUUUUGCUGCUUUUUUUGCUCCAAGGAUUGAAGGAAUUCUGUGUUAGAUAACUAACUGACCACUAAGGAAAUGCAACAGAGACUUGAGUGAUCAUGCUCGGCAAAGCAUGCAGUAUAUACAAAAAUAAUUUAGAAAAGUCACUAAACAAAUGACUACAACCCACACAUACAGCAUCAACCAACCCUGAGGAGGAAGGAGAAUCUGAUUUCCUGAGUUACCAUAUGUAAUAUACAAAAUGUUCAGUUUUCAACAAGAAAUUAUGCUUGCAAAGAAUUAAUAAACUAUGGCCCAUUCACAAGGGAAAAAAAGAGGAACUAUCCUUGAGAAAGCUCAGAUACUGCACUUAGUACAAACACAUUUUAAAUCAUCUGUCUUAAGUAUACUCAGAGAUAAGGAAACUACAGACAACUUAAAGGAAACAAGGGGAGUGAUGUAUGAACUAACAGUUUCAAUAAAAAGAGAUACGAAUUAUAGAAAGGUAUCAAGUAGAAAUUCUGGAACUGAAAAGUACAAUAGCUGAAAGAAAAAUUUCACUGAAGGGGUUCAACAACAGAUUUGAACAGGCAGAAAAAAGAAUCAGUGAACUUGAAGACAGGUCAAUUGAUAUUAUCCAGUCAGAGAAGCAGAGAGAAAAAAGAAUGAAGAUAAAUGAACAGAGUUUAACAGACCUUUAUGACAUCAUCAAGUGUACCAACAUAUGUAUAAUAGGAAUCUCAGAAGGCAAGGAGAGAGAGAAGGAGACAAAAAGAAUAUUUGAAGAAAUAAUGGCUGAAAACUUUCCAAAUUUAAUGAAAUACAUGAAUCUACACAUCCAGGAAGCUAGAUAAAGUCUAAGAAGAUAAGCUCAAAGAGACCCACACUGAGACAUGUAAUCAAACUGUCAAAAGCUAAAGACAGAAUCUUGAAAGCAGCAAGAGAGAAGCAACUCAUCACAUACAAAGUAUCCAUAAUAAGAUUAGCAACCAAUUUCUCAUCAGAAAUCACGAAGACUAGAAGGCAGUGGGAUGACAAAUUUAAAGUGCUGAAAGAAAAAAAAAUUUUCAACCAAUAAUUCUAUACCUGCAAAACUAUGCAAAAAUGAAGGAAAUGAUAAGCCAUUCUCAGAUGAAUAAAAGCUGAGGGAGUUUGUUGCUAGUAGAGCUACCCUACAAAAAAGGCUAAAGGAAGUCCUUAAGGCUGAACUGAAAGGACACUAGACAAUAACUUGAAGCUAUGUGAAGAAAUAACACCAGUAAAGGUAACAACAUAGAAAAUUGCCCAGGAACGAGAAAAAUUUGCUGAUGAAGGCAGUAUAUUUUACACCCUUGGAGAAUGUGGACUCAUAUCCUUUUCAGACUACAUUUUCCUUACAACUGUUCUUUCCAGUAUGUCCUUGAGAUGAACAACUUGGAACCCUCAGCUAUUGCAGAGAAUGACGUAACCACUCCUCAGAGAAAUUUUGAAAUUGCCUUCAAGAUGUUUGACUUGAAUGGAGAUGGAGAAGUAGACAUGGAUGAGUUUGAACAGGUUCAGAGCAUCAUUCGCUCCCAAACCAGUAUGGGUAUGCGUCACAGAGAUCGUUCUACUACUGGUAACACCCUCAAGUCCGGCUUAUGUUCAGCCCUCACCACCUACUUUUUUGGAGCUGAUCUCAAGGGGAAGUUGACAAUCAAAAACUUCCUUGAAUUUCAGCGUAAACUUCAGCAUGAUGUUCUGAAGCUAGAGUUUGAACGCCACGAUCCUGUGGAUGGGAAAAUUUCUGAGAGGCAGUUUGGUGGCAUGCUCCUGGCCUACAGUGGGGUACAGUCCAAGAAGCUGACUGCCAUGCAGAAGCAGCUGAAGAAGCACUUCAAAGAGGGAAAGGGUCUGACAUUUCAGGAAGUGGAGAACUUCUUUACUUUCCUAAAGAAUAUUAACGAUGUGGACACUGCAUUGAGCUUUUACCAUAUGGCUGGAGCAUCUCUUGAUAAAGUUACCAUGCAGCAAGUGGCCAGGACAGUGGCUAAAGUGGAACUCUCAGACCAUGUGUGUGAUGUGGUGUUUGCGCUCUUUGACUGUGAUGGCAAUGGGGAGCUGAGCAAUAAGGAAUUUGUUUCCAUCAUGAAGCAACGGCUGAUGAGAGGCCUGGAGAAGCCCAAAGACAUGGGCUUCACCCGCCUAAUGCAGGCUAUGUGGAAAUGUGCACAGGAAACUGCCUGGGACUUCGCUUUGCCUAAACAGUAACCCAAAACUGCAAGAUGGGCCACCUCUCCACCCCAGGCACACUGGCCCCUUGAAAAGAGCCUUCACACAGCCCUUCCUGCUGCUGCUUCUGGAAGUAGUGUCCCCUUCCUCCUGAGAAUGAUCUCAGGAUUCAACCAGUUUCCCUCUCCACCCUUCCAUGUCCCAGUGUUCUGCUAGGCUCUGAUUCUGCCCAAUGAUUAUCCCCAUAGGUUCUCAAAAACAUGAACAAAUCCUAAAAGGUCAGACCUUUGGCACCUUCCAACAACACUACCCAUUCAAGUGGAUAGUGUUAUGGAUAAGGAAUGCAGGGAAUCAUCCACAUACCUGCCAACCCUGGGAAACAUGCCAUUGUCAAGUCAUCUUUGCUGUGGAUUUAUAUUAAGAAUAUUCCUUGCUUUUCCUCCUGCUGGUGUUUUUAAGCUACAAGUUGGCAAAACCUCUGGCAGGCAAAAGGAAGUUUGUGAUGAAUGAUAAUGAGGAUGAUCCAGGCACCCUGAACUGGUGGGAAGCCUAGCCAGAGAGGAAGGAUCUGUGUCAAUCCCCAGGGUGGUUCUGAGGCCUGCUCCAGGAAGGUGAUGUGCACGGUGGGAACAGAGCAUGAUUCAGAAUUUAAAGCAGCUGCUUCACAGCUCUCUCUAAUCCCUUCUUUUCCUUUCAGGCUCCCUAAGAGGGAGACUCCCUAAGACUCCACCACAACUCUGUGCUUAACAAGCAGCAGUAAUUAAGUUCAUGUUCUCUGCAAGUGCCAUUUCCCCUCCAGGAGUGUGUCUCUGAGGCUGGGGCCUGACUCAGAGCCUAUCUACCUUCUGUCUUAAACACUUGCAGAAUGUCACUUUAAUUAUAACAGUUUGCAGUAACCCCCCCCCCCCCAAAGGCUCUUGUCUCCUUUAUUUUAGGAUGCCCUGGGGCCCUUUUCAUUUGACUUCUCCACUGGGUUUCAGAUCUGACUAGUAGCAGACCUGUUUUCUUUCUACCAGAAUCUGGUUCUUCCUUUUGAAAGGCAACUUUAUGCACAAACAAAAAGUGAGGGCAUUUGGAGGUUAGUGGUGGCAGUGUCCCAGCACAGUUUGGAUAGCAUUUCAUCCUGGGCCAGGGUACACAGUCCCUGAUUACUCAUGCCCCAUGAUAAGGAACGAAGAUAGGGUGGUGGAGUAUAGGAGGAAUCAUCUAGUAUGGUGGACCUAAAUGUUAAGAACCAUAGCAACCAGUUUUAUAUAUGGACUCAACCUUGCCACUAAAUCAGUGUGGCCUUGAGCAAGCAAGUAAUUUCCCAUCUCUUUCCUCAUGUGUAAAAUGACAGGUAGGGUUGAGCUUAAUAGUCUCUAAGGCAUCUUCCAGGUCCAAAAGCCUCUCCUUCAGCUCUCCUCCAGAAUUCCUACAGCCUCCAGAAGAACCAGGUAAUGCCCCCUGGCAUGACAGAGGCUCAAGUCUGAUGUAAGAGAACUAACACACCAAAAUCCAGUGCUUCCUGCAAGUCCUGGCAGUUGGUAAGGAGUGCUUAUCAGCCAGAGAAGAGCAGAGGCCUGGGUCUGCACCUGUGGCUCCACAAGAACAGUACCAAUCCCCGCAUUUUCUCUAAAACAACUGAACAACCUCCUUCUAGCAUCCUUUCUGGAUGCAGAUUAGGUAUCUCUCAAAGGAGUUUGCCUUAUCUAUCUCCCACCCUGUCCUCUCAGGUAUGUAUGAAGUGUAACCUUUGCCUUGCUCAUUGUCCCAGGGCUGAGACAUCAGCAAGAUGUGCACUUUUCUUAAAUUUGUCCCAGAAUCCCAAGAUCACUUUUUCCUGAUCCUCAUUUCUCCAGCCUGAAAGAGAAGUCCCAUUCACAGCUUCCAUGGGACAUUCAUUCCCCUAUAAGAAGAGAUCUGCUGAUUGGCCUGGGUUUUCUGAAGCUGAAAACCAGAGCAUAGCAGGAGAGGGUAAGGAUCUCACCUGCAACAUCCUUGGUCAAGGCACCUAUCACAGGUACAUGCAACUCCGACUGAACUCCAUUAGCUCCUAGGAGUGCCCGGGGAAACAGAGGAGGAACAGGUGCUCAAGAAGACAGGCACAACAGGGUAAAUAUGUAGGUGAGGUACAAGCUAAGUCACCCACAAGAGGUCAGGGUCCCCCAAGAAGUCCUUUAGCAAAGUGGCCUAUGAGGAGGCUGAGAGGAUUUUAGUAGGCAGAAUUUAGGGAUAGGCUGGGUGCAUUUGGGAAUACAAAAGUCUGAUUUGUGCUUCUCUUUCUAUUCAAAUUGUCUCUUCUACCUAGAUAAAAUAACCUUCCCCUCUUCCUUCAAGACUCAGCUCAAACUGCCCCCCUCCUUAAGAAGCCCUCCUUGAUCGUCUUCCAGACAAGACUAGUGCCCUUCCUUUGGGACCGUUUGCCCACCCAUAAUGAAACAGCUGUAAUUUGAUGUAAUUUUUGUGAGAUUGUCACCCACAAAGUUCAGACCUAAAGCAGUGACAUGAUCAAAGAAACAGUCUACCACCAAAAGCUAAUUUAACAAUAAUUCUUGGACAAUGAAAAAGUCAUACUAGCAGUACCUCAGUAAAUUCCUCCCACACACUCACAGCCAUUCUCUACUUCUGAUGUCAUUGUUCUCUACUUCUUUAAAACAAAAAUAACUCUUUCUCCUGUUCUAGACCUUAGGCUUUGGGGAGGGAAAGAAACUCAGAGGGGUCAGGCUGCUAGGCUUCCUCACCUAGGGCUCAGCAUCAUCCACAAGGAUAAGCAGGGAGAACCUGAAGAGGGAGUUACUAAAGAAAAGGGGCUUAAGAACAUGCACAGUCCUCAAAAAUGAUCAUUCUGAUAGUUUUUAGUGUCCCACCUAGUUUUAGCUCUGAUUGGAGCAUAUACACGCUAGAACUGAAUCAGACUCUGAGACAAAGGAGAGGUCCAGGUAACAACUGCUACUAGACAAGGAGGAAGGCACAGAAGCAUGGUCCCCUAGCCAGAGCAUCUUCUCCAAGCCCCACAGCCCAAGCAGGUUAUGUGCUUCUGACAAGCAGCUCAUGAAAGGAAGGAGCAGAGUCAGAGUUUAGCUUUCAGGCUUCAGGUGCCACCUGCUGGCAAGAAGGCUCCUCGCAGGGACUCACUGGCCUGGAGCAGGGGAGGGGAGGCUGCCAGCCUAGCCCCAGCCCUGCUCUGAAGAAUAGGGCUCCCAAGGACCUGAGUGGCAUAGGGCAGGCCGAGGUGGGAUGAACAGCCAGAGAUGGACCACAACCAUGAAGAGAGACACUGUGGAUAUAACUAUAAUCGAGAGGAGGAGAGGAGCAAUGCUUAUGUAUUGUUCUCUGUGGCUCCAGAAUGGCAAUUUUUACCAGCAAGUGAGAGGGUAUGAGUCACUCUGUUCACUCUACAACUCUUUACUGAUCACCUACUGUGUGCCAGGCACUGAACAAGGUCUUGAAGGAAUUUGCAUUCUAGUGAAGAAAACAGAAAAGAAGCAAUACGGUUAGAUACAGGCUGCUGGGAGAGCACUUAGACUAACAGAAAGGCCAUCUAAUCCAGAUUUGGAAGUUCAAGGCAGGCUUGCAGAGGAAAUGAUUUUUUUUUAAUUAAAAAAUGAGACCUGAGAGUUGAGUAGGAGUUAGCAAAGGGGGAAUGAGGAGUGUGCAGGCAGAGGGUACCAAGUUUGCAAAGGUCCAAAGGUCAGAAAAGCGUGUUUCAUUCUGGGAACUGAAGUUCUAGGGAGUAUCAGUACAGACUGGGGAG